AUGGACAUAAGUGGUGAAUGUUACAAAACUGAUGAUGUUAUUGCAAAAACAGAAGAAAUGAUUACAGAUAUCAGAGAAUUGAAUUUAACUAUCUUAGCAAUUGUUACUGAUAUUAAUUUAUGUGUUGAUGAAAUUUUUAAAGUAUCAUUAGAGUUUAAAACAAUAUCUUCUUAUGCAUUAAAAAUAGCAGCAUAUUUUAAAAAUGCAAAUAAUAAAUAUUUUAUUGGACAACUUCUUGCUUCUAGAAUUUUUGGUAUUUCUGUUAAUGCUGCAUUAGUUGAAAGAUUGUGGAGUAAUAUGGAAUUUUAUCAUACUAAAAAUAGAAAUAAAUUGAAGUUUAAUGAUCAUUUAUCUGAAUGGAUAGUAAUACUUGAAACAGAAACAGAAAAUUCAGAAUUUUUAAAAAAUGAAAUUGAAAAUAUUGAUCAUCCAGCAGUAAAUAUUCAAGCUAAAUGGAAUUUAGAUAUUAUAUCAAAGAUAAUUUACCUUGUCCUUUUGAUUAAUUCCAGCACCAAACCCGAAAAAGCCACCUCUCACAAUGGCAACGUUGCUCUAAACAAUGAGGCUAGUGCUUCUGACACUGCUUCUGCGCCUCAACAGCCUGAAACUGUUGAAGACGUAAAUUCACAGUGGGAAACUCGCAUUUCUCGUUCUCGUAAAAUUGUUUACUACUACAAUCGCGCAACUAAAGAAAGUACUUGGGAUCUCCCUCCAGGCGUCGAUCCUAGCAAAAUUAAAGGAUAUGGCGAGGUAACAGUGCAACAGGCACAGAAUAUUAAUCCAUUGGAAGGUGGUGCAGGACAAAUUAGGGCUAGCCACCUGUUGGUCAAGCAUAAAGGUAGUAGAAGACCAACGUCGUGGAAGGAGCCAACGAUAAAACGUACCAAAGAGGAAGCUCUUGAAGUUAUCAAAUCUUAUCAUUCACGAAUUACUUCCGGUGAAAUUACUCUCGAGGAACUUGCUAGCACGGAAUCUGACUGUUCAAGUGCAAAACGUAAUGGUGAUUUAGGUUUUUUUGGUGAGGGACAAAUGCAACCUUCUUUUGAGGAAGCUGCAUUUAAACUUGAAGUUGGAGAAUUAAGUGAGCCAGUUUGGAGUGAUAGUGGAGUUCAUUUGAUUUUGCGAACAAAGUAG